CGAAGCCGGUUGCGCUCAAUUCCAAAGCUAGUCCCGUUAGUUAUUGUGCUUUUACAAACACGGUUCGUUCUCGAUUGGGCCAAAACUGGUAACUGGACCAGUCAAAGGGCUAUUCAGUGCGUUUUUGGUUCCAUUAGAAUAAAUCUACAAGAAAUUAACUCCAGACCGAUCUUGCUUCUGGCGUUUCAAGAUAGGAUGAGUGACGAAUGGGACCUUUUAUCACGAGUGCCAAAGUUGCUGGAAGAACAUCAUUUCAUUCGGACAUGUGACGAGGAACCUGUAGUCCGGUUCGAAUAUCCGGAUGACCUCAAGAAUUUAAUUGACUUUACAAUAGACAAUCCGGAACCACGCGAACAGUCUGAAAUCGAGCGAUUGAUUAAGGAUAUACUGCACUUUUCAGUUAAGACUGGUCAUAAAAAUUUCCACAAUCAACUUUUUGCUGGUGUUGACCCGUAUGGUUUGGUCGGCAGUUGGAUUACCGACGCAUUGAACACAAGCCAAUACACUUUCGAAGUUGGUCCCGUUUUUACGCUGAUUGAGGAUGCUCUGAUUGGAAAAUGUCUUCAAUUGUUUGGUUUCAAGGACGGGGAUGGAGUAUUAUCGCCAGGAGGAUCGCUAUCCAACAUGUACGCCAUGGUCGCUGCCAGAUUCAAUGCAUUGCCGGAUGUUAAGCGUACUGGGCUUGCCAACCAACCCGUGCUAGUGGCUUUCUCUUCUGAAGAAGCUCAUUACAGUAUUAAAAAAGCCGUUCACUGGCUUGGCAUAGGAAUAGACAAUCUAGUUCUCGUGCAAACAGAUGCUCGGGGAAGAAUGAUUCCCGAUGAGCUAGACAAAUCCAUUCAAUCCGUCUUGCGUUCUGGUCGCAAACCAUUCUUUGUGAACACAACUGGAGGAACAACUGUACUAGGAGCGUUCGACCCAUUCCACGCCGUAGCGGACAUCUGCCAAAAAUACAAACUCUGGAUGCACGUCGAUUGCUGCCUGGGAGGCACUGCAAUUCUGUCGCCCAAACACUCCCAUUUACUGGCUGGUGUUGAACGAGCCGAUUCAAUUGCCUGGAAUCCUCACAAAACACUGGGAGCUCCACUGCAAUGUUCAAUAUUUCUGCUCAAGCACAAAGGGUUACUGCAUCAAUGCAACUCGGCCAAUGCAGCCUACCUAUUUCAGCAAGAUAAAUUCUACGACGUGUCGUAUGAUACCGGAGAUAAGAGUGUCCAAUGUGGCAGGAAAGUGGAUGCAUUCAAGAUAUGGCUCAUGUUCAAAGCUCGCGGGACCAUUGGCCUAUCUGAGUCGGUGGAUAAUGCCUUCGAUUGUGCACAUUUUUUCACGGAACAGAUCAAAUCAAAACAGGGGUUCCGAUUGGUCAUAGACGAUCAUCAGUACACCAACGUCAGUUUUUGGUACAUACCGUCGAACAUGCGAGUUGCGGAGUGUCAACAGGAUGCUUCCUGGUGGAGUCGGAUCUAUGAAAUUACUGCACUAAUUAAAGAGAAAAUGGUUAAACGGGGAUCGGUGCUUAUUGGAUUUGUCCCACUGCCCAAUAAAAAGAUUGGGAACUUUUUCCGCAUGGUCGUAACCUGUCAUCCGAAACCAACAUACGAAUCGAUGCAGUUCGUCAUUAAUGAAAUUGCCACAGUUGGUGAAAUGAUUUGAAAAGGUGUAAUUUUCUCAUAAAUCGUUCAUAAUGUGGAACGAAAAUAGACUAAUA